AUGGGAACGGAGGUGCUCCGCCCGCACGACUGCCUGACCCGCGUCCGCCACCACGCCCACGCCCACGCCCACGCCGGCUCCAGGCGGUCGCCGCGCCCGGCCGCGAGGAGGCGCCGCGGCACCGCUCGGCGCGCCCAGGCGGCGUCGCCCCUGCCGCAAGAGGUGCGGGUCAAGGUGUCGCCCGCCACCGCGGACGCCGCGUACGCCGGGCCAGCGUUCGGCGUCAUGUCGCCGUCGCCGCGGGCGCUGCCGCUGCCGCGCUUCAGCAACACCAAGACGGCAGCCCCGGCCACCGUGGAGGACUCGGCCACGCGGGAGCUCCGGCGGCUGCUGGGCCUCGAGCGGCCGGCCAACUAA